GAAGAGAUGAUAGUUUGUAGGCAAAGAAAGAGGGAGAGAGAGAAGGAAACGUUCAAAAACAAAUUACCCUCUUUGCAUAUGUGGAAGGAAACCGUCCACCUCAUCAAUCGCGUAAGAUUAUUCAGUGCUUCUAGAGCAUCGUUUACCACCUACAAUUUUGUUCUGAGUCAGUCGCACAGUGUACGAAACUCACACAAACGUACGCUGAAAAGUGAGGGCUCAUGCAUGCUGAGGAGCACUGAAGAUGUUCUCACUCAAGUGUACAUAUUCUGUAUCGGCAAGUCACCACGUGGCGAAAACCCUUUGCCUCAAUAUAUAGCUUCUGCUCCACCCUCUACUGAAACUCCCCCACCAAUGUCUCAAUCACAACAGAAAAACGUGUGUUUAGGUGUUUCUCUCUUGCAUUAGCGUUAUUUCCCUCGUCUCCCACGUUUUCUAUUCAGUUCUGUCAAUCAGCUCUGCACUGUUUUGCAUCAAUGGAUUUUUUGUUCCUGGAUGUGGGUUAAUUUCUCUCUGCCUUCUCCUGUUUUCCUAAUAAUUCUUCGGCGGGGAUUCGGUGUUUUCUUCCCAGGACAUUUGUAACUAAGUUUUGUUUUUUCGUCCUUUCGAUUCAUGGGUGUUCUUGUAAAGUUUUUGUUGAUUUGUUUGAUUAGGCUACAUUAGUUGUUUAGGAUCCGAACAAAUAAACCCGAAUCCCCGCCACGAGUCUUUAUGUUGUUAGUACGGGGAGAAUAAUAAACUUGAUUUAAGAUUAGGAUAGGUAGUAUGGAGCCUUUAUGUCAGUUUUGUGGGGUGGUGAGGGCAGUAGUUUACUGCAAACCGGAUUCAGCCAGGCUUUGCUUGCGCUGCGACAGUUGCGUUCACUCUGCCAACUACUUGGCACGCAGGCACUCCCGUUCGCUCAUAUGCGACAAGUGCAAUUCGCAGCCUGCGAUAGUGCGCUGCAUGGACGAGAAAAUCUCUCUGUGCCAGAGUUGUGACUGGAGCAAUGGAAAUGGGUGUUCUGGCUUGGGACAUUCGCGCCAGACGUUGAGUUGUUAUUCAGGAUGUCCUUCCCUGGCUGAAUUCUCAAGGAUUUGGGCUUCUGUUCUUGAUGUGCCGCCUUCGUCUUCUGUUGGUGGCGGUGUCUGUGGAGGUUGGGGUCCCAUGACUAGUGCACUGCCUAUGAAUGACAUUGUUGGCAACGAGAAUUCGGUUGGUUUGGUGGCAAGCAAGUUGAAUGAGUUAGAAAAUCGGUGUGCCAAAUUCGAACCUUGGAUUGGUCCUUUGAUCACACCCAACCUCAAUUUCUUGCCCCAGUAUAGUAAAGAUCAAACAAGUCUCUUCCCAGAAGGAUCAAACCUGAGUAAGGGUCCUUCUAGUUACAGGAAUCUUGAACUUCAUGAAGGUGAAGAUCUCUGUGAAGGUCUCAACAUAGAUGAUGUUGCAUUGAACUUUGGGAGCUGUGAUGAGAUGUUUGAUUCUUCUCGAAGCCAUAGCGCCUUCAAUUUUGAGAAUGGAGCAACAGACUGCCAACUGAUGGAGAAAAAUGCCUCCCUAACUGAAUCUAGUGGUCAUGACGAAAAUGCUCUAGAGACAUCAUCAUCAGGACAACAAGAGAGCAUGGGUUUCCAAUCCUCACAUGUUGCAGCAUCACCUAAUUUGGUGCAGGCAAUAAGCGUCAGUACUAAUGGCAUGCUGGUAAACCCCAGCUGCAACAGAAGUAUCAACCUGGGCUUUCCAACUGGACCAGUACACUCGAACAUAUCACUUCCGCUAUCCAACAUCACUGGUGAAAGUAGUGUCACUGAUUACCAGGAUUGUGGUUUAUCUCCAAUGUUUCUAACAGGUGAAUCACCGUGGGAUUCGAACUUGGAAGUCGGUUGCCCAGAGGCCAGGGAUAAAGCUAAGAUGAGAUACAAUGAAAAGAAGAAAACACGAAUAUUUUACAUGUUUGGGGUCUGCAGGUUUGGUAAGCAAAUAAGAUAUGCUUCUCGUAAAGCAAGAGCUGACACUAGGAAACGUGUGAAAGGGAGAUUUGUGAAGGCUGGUGAAGCAUAUGACUAUGAUCCUGGUAAACAUGGAACUUCUGAGCCAGAUCACCGGUUCCCUUCCCGUGCAUAUUAAGGCCUGAAGACAAAAAAGGUCUAAUGGUUCCUUCCUGAUUUCAGAAAGCAAUUCUUCAACCUAAUCUGGAUCUUCAUCCUUUCAAAAGGGCACUCAUCUUCAUCUCACCCCACCCCAUGCACAUCUACAUUUCAGCAUUACAGAUACCAAAAUUAAUUGGUGGUAGUCCCUUGCUGCCGACCUGGUGAUGAUCAUUGGAACAACAUAUCACAGCUACAUUGAAUUCUCAGCAGCCUGGUUGAUCGUUCUGUUUUGCAACGUAAUGUAGGUUCUAAAAGUCCCGGAAUUUUGAAGGAUUUCAGUUGUGACCUGCACCUAGUGAAGGUUCUCAUGGUGAUAACUUGAUUCCGAAGUCCUCUUUUGCCUUGUCUCUCUUAAAGUUGAUCCUUGUCUUGCUUCUGCCAUCAGCACCGCCAAUGUUGCCUCGAGUCAUUGCCCCCAUUGCAAGUCAAUUUUUGUUAAUUAAGUGUUAACAGCAUCGUCUAGUUUCUUGUUAUAUAGCAAUAAGCUUCAGCUGCCCCCAUUGCAAGUCAAUUUUGGUUAAUUGCGUGUAUAUAGCAUCGACUGGUUUCUUGUCGUAAAGCAAUAAGCUUCAGUUGAUUCCAGUCUUUUGUGACAUGAAAGGUAAAGAACUCUCCUUCAUGCUUCCAUCCCUGUGCGUAAUAAAGUCUGUCUGCACUACUUUCUUUCA